UUAUAUUUAUUAAAUGUCGCAUGCUUCCUCUGUAAGGUUUUAUUUUUCAUUUUAUUUCUCUUCACGUCCAUAGCCGGAAAACGCGUCGGAGUCUCCACGUAAUACCGGUGGACUUAAAUCUUCAUCUCCGUUCCGGUGACCGGAUCGGAUUGAAUAAUCGGAUUCUCCUCCCAAUUUCUCCGUUUAAAAAGGCCUCUAAAUAAUUUGCAAAAUUGUUUCUUUUCAUUUCGGAGAAAUUUGUAUCAUUUUUUUUUUUGUUUAUUUGGUUUUUUCUGAAGAAUAAUGGACGAUUGUAUUAGCAGCGAUGAGGAUUACUAUUAUUCCGAUCGGGACUCGCUGGACGGGCUGGAGAACGAUGAGUCUGAUCCUCAGUGGGUCCCUACUAAGGGCCCAACGACCAAGGUGAUUACGAAAGAAUCUCUUUUGGCCGCACAGAGAGAGGAUUUACGUCGGGUGAUGGAGUUGCUAUCCCUGAGAGAGCACCAUGCCCGGACUUUACUUAUUCAUUAUCGCUGGGAUGUUGAGCGGCUGAUUGCAGUUUUAGUAGAAAGGGGAAAAUGUUGCUUGUUUAUGGAAGCAGGUGUCUCUGUGGUUGAGCAUCAAGAUCUUGAUUCACCAUUGCCUCCUACUAUCAUGUGUGAUAUUUGUAUGGAGGAUGUACCUAGUGGUGAGACGACAAAGAUGGACUGUGGACAUUGUUUUUGCAACGUCUGUUGGACUGAGCAUUUUGUUGUUAAGAUAAAUGAUGGUCAAAGCAAGCGCAUUAAGUGCAUGGCACACAAAUGCAACGCAAUAUGUGAUGAAGCUGUUGUUAGAAACCUAGUCAGUAAAAGGCAUCCUGAACUGGCAGAAAAAUUUGACCGUUUUCUUCUAGAGUCGUACAUAGAGGAUAAUAAAAGGGUUAAAUGGUGCCCAAGUACCCCUCAUUGCGGAAAUGCAAUCCGGGUUGAGGAUGAUGAGUUUUGUGAGGUAGAAUGCUCAUGCAGUUUGCAAUUUUGUUUCGGUUGCUUAUCAGAAGCACACUCGCCCUGUUCAUGUUUGAUGUGGGAGCUUUGGACCAAAAAGUGUCGAGAUGAAUCAGAGACUGUCAAUUGGAUAACAGUCCACACAAAGCCUUGUCCAAAGUGUCUCAAACCUGUAGAAAAGAAUGGUGGCUGCAAUCUUGUGAGCUGUAUCUGUGGGCAAUCAUUUUGUUGGCUCUGUGGUGGAGCCACCGGUCGCGACCAUACUUGGUCAAGUAUUGCAGGUCACAGCUGCGGUCGCUACAAAGCAGACCGAGAGAAGAAAUCUGAGCGGGCAAAAAAGGAUCUUUAUCGUUAUAUGCACUAUCACAAUCGUUACAAAGCUCAUACAGACUCCUUUAAGCUUGAAAGUAAACUAAAGGAGAUUAUACAAGAGAAAGUUGCAAUUUCCGAAGAGAGAGAUUCGAAGCUCAGAGAUUUCAGUUGGGUAAAUAAUGGACUCUACAGGCUUUUCAGAUCAAGGCGGGUUCUUUCGUACUCAUACCCAUUUGCUUUUUAUAUGUUUGGAGAUGAGCUUUUUAAGGAUGAGAUGAGCACAGAGGAAAUGGAAAUAAAACAGCAUUUAUUUGAGGACCAGCAGCAACAGCUUGAGGCAAAUGUUGAGAAAUUAUCUAAGUUUUUGGAGGCACCAUUUGAUCAAUAUAAUGAGGAUAGAGUUAUGGAGAUAAGGAUGCAAGUCAUCAACCUAUCAGCAAUCACGGAUACCCUUUGUCAGAAAAUGUAUGAGUGUAUCGAGAAUGAUUUAUUGGGUUCUCUACAAGUUGGCAUCCACAGUAUAGCUCCUUACAGGUCAAAAGGCAUUGAGAGGGCAUUAGAACUUACAGCUUGCUGGGGCAAUACAGCCAAUGAUUUGAACAAAAAUCUACCAUUGGAUUGUGGCGCAAGUGGAGGAACAACUGAACCGGGCUCUGGGAGUUCAGAUGAGAGUGGAUGCUCUUCUCGAAAACGUGCUAGGAAGGAUGGUGUUGGGGGUAACUUUUUUGAUUUAAACUUGCCAGCAGAUGUGGUGGACAGAACUGAUCUUUGAAAGUUGCAGGCUUCAUACAGAAAUAGUUGUACAGUAUAGUUUUAAGAUCCAUCUUUCCUUUGAUGGUAUUAUUAAUUGUGGAUUAAACACCCAAACGGUUUAAAUAUCCACAUUCAUGGUAUUUUUGUUUUCCAUCUUUAUCUCUUGUUGAGAUGCUACAACAAGAAAUUCAGGGUUCGUUUUUUAGAUCUUCUCUCAUUUUUUCUUUUGAAAAUCCUUAGAUUGUACAUAGCCUAUGAUUGGGCUUUUGGGGUACUAGAUAUGUAAAGUUUCCUCCAGCAAUCUGAGAAACCUCGAAAUAAUAUUUUGAGAUGCA